ACCAACCCUCCAAGACAUAAAAACUCAAGUGGCAGUAGUACGAGAAAAGGAAAAUUAGAGUCAGUGUAGUGUGUUCUGUAAGAGGAGUAGAGUUUGUUUGAGAUUCAUCACUUUCUCUUAUUAUGGCUUCAAGAUUGUUGUGGGCUUCAAGGGCUGCUUCUUACCUUAGGAUCUCUGUUUCUCAUAGAGGGUUUGCUUCUGUUGUAAAGGACUUGAAGUAUGCUGAAAGUCAUGAAUGGGUAAAGGUUGAUGGUAAAACUGCUACUGUUGGUAUAACCGAUCAUGCUCAAGACCAUUUAGGUGAUGUUGUGUAUGUUGAAUUACCGGAAGUGGGUGUUACUGUGAAUCAGGGUUCUGGAUUUGGCGCAGUUGAAAGUGUCAAGGCUACCAGUGAUGUCUAUUCUCCUGUUUCGGGAGAUGUGGUCGAAGUUAAUGAAGAACUGAACAGCUCUCCUGGUUUGGUCAAUUCAAGCCCCUAUGAGAAGGGAUGGAUUAUGAAGGUUGAAAUUAAAGAUGACAGUGAACUAAAGAACUUGAAGAACUCAGAUGAGUACGCUAAGUUCUGUGAAGAAGAAGAUGCAAAGCAUUGAUUGGACUGUUGGCAAAGUAGAACUCGAGGCAGUUCUUACAUGGGGCAUAUUUCCACUAAUCGCUUAACCAGAUGAUGCCUCAUGAAGGACGCUGAAAGUUGCAAGUUUCUAUCUUAAGAUAUUUUUUUCCAACAAAGUGUUUUCUGAUUUCCCUUUUCCUGUGUGACAAAUUUGGUAGAAACAAUCAUUCAAUAGAAGAAAUAAUCUCUCCAGGUUUUCAUCCAAUGAAA